GUGAAGCUCUUUAACGCUUCGUUUGAUUGAGGGCCGCUCUCAAUUGCAACACGAUGGCGUCGUCAAAUUGCUGGAGAUGUCUCUCGAGACCUGCUAAUGCCUCCCUCUUACCCCUUUCUCGACCCUCCUUUUCGACGACUGCGUUCGUGGCAGCAGCGCCGAAAGCUAGUACUAAAGCUCCAGCCAGGGCGAAAGGAGAGAAGACGUUGAGGAUCAAGAAGAAAGCUUUUGUGAAAACGGGCAAACCCCCUGCGCCAGGAGAGCGGAAGGCGAUGCGGAAGAGGAUUGUGCUGAGCAAUACGAAUGCGUUGGAAGUGGCUGGGAUGAAGGACCUUGAUGCGGAGAUGGUGGACUCGAUGGUUAGGGGGGAGGAUGCUGUGCUUGAUGGGGCGCUGCAGAGUAAGGGUGAGACACAUGAGGAUGUUGUGGGAAAGGUUGUGGGGUUGAAGGGGGAGACUGUUGAUAGUUUGAGGGCUGUGGAAGCUUUUAAGACGACGCAAGGUUGGGGACUUUUUAGACGUCCGGGACUGUUGAUUAGAGAGGAGAGUGUGGAGCUCUGUAGGAGAAUGACCGAUGCCGCGGCAAACAAGAAGGCGUUGAGGUUGGUGAUUGAUGGGGAGAAGGGUUCGGGGAAGAGCUUGAUGCUUUUGCAAGCCAUGGCCACUGCAUUCGUAAAGGAGUGGGUAGUGUUGAAUAUCCCUGAAGCCCAAGAACUCACCAACGCUGUCAACGACUACACUCCUGUCGACGGGACAAAGCCAACUCUCUGGUCACAAAACACAUAUACAGCCAAUUGGCUCGGACAAAUUGGCAAAGCCAACAAUGCAGUUUUACAAAACACCACAAUGCGCAAAGAAUAUAAAUUGCCCAUACCGGUCCAAUCUAACAUCUCACUCGCCCGUCUCUGCGAGCUCGGAGCCAGAGAUCCCGAUGUUGCCUGGCCCAUUUUCCAAGCUUUCUGGUCGGAGAUCACAAAUCCUGGACGACGACCUGUUCUCAUAUGCCUCGAUAGCUUGAGUAACAUCAUGCAAACUAGUUCGUAUCGCGCUCCAGACUAUUCCCUUAUCCACUCUCACGACCUAGCUAUUGUUCGCCAUUUCGUCAAUCUCUUGUCUAGACCAACAUCCGGACUUCCAAACGGAGGAGCGAUCAUCGCUGCAACAAGUCGAAGCCAUGCCCCCAUUUCAAAGUCCAUGGAACUUGCUAUCAAGCAAUCUGAAGAGAAAGCAGCACAACUCCGAGGUUGGCCCGGAAAGGUCACACAGAGAGAUCCGUUUGAGAAAUCGUAUGACGAGAGGGCCGAUAAGGCGUUGCAGAACGUAGAGGUCAUGAGGCUGAAGGGCUUGAGUAAGGUGGAGGCGAGAGGCUUGAUGGAGUAUUGGGCUCAGAGCGGCGUGUUGAGGAGUAGGGUUGAUGAAGAAACCGUUGCGCAAAAGUGGGCUCUAGCCGGCAAUGGAAUCGUGGGAGAGAUUCAGAGGGGAGCUUUGUGGAUGCGGAUAUAGACGCGUGUAUGAGAUGGAAGGGACGGAAAAUAGAGGACAAUGUAUUGUAUUGUAAGUCUAAAAGAUGUGUGAGAUAGAUAUGUUGAUAGGUAAACAUUGCACAGAAAACUGUAUGCGGACGACUUCACCUCCUUUCCUCGCUUAACCUCAUUUCUCGCUUACCACCGAAGACCAAAAAAUAACAAAAACAUAAGCCCCGGAAAAAUACAACAAAAAAGAUUUCAUAGAGAAUAAGAAC